ACGAUUAACAAAGAAAAUUGGCAUCAGAAUUUGUGAAAAGCGAGUACCACAAAACAAAGAGGGUACGUAUCAGUGGCUGGGUUCUCGAAGGGGGCGUGUCUCGUCUAUGAAUAUUCAGAGAAAUUCUCUUAGUCUUAGCGUGCCUAUAAAAGGCAAUGUGAUGCUAUUUCUGCGGGUUUGGUCAAUAACUAUACAGGCUGAGAUGAACUGUUGUGAUUAACAUUACAGAACUUGAGAACAAAGCAAAUAAGAUAUCAAUUUUUGAUACAACAAAUAUAACUUGACCAAAUCCCCCUUUCGAUAACUUUUUUCGCACUUACGCCUUUGAUGGUAAUUUUGGAAUUUUGAGGACUGAGAAGAAUUUCAUCCUUCCCAGUAUCUCAUCAUGCCCAGAGGAUUUCUUGUUAAAAGAACUAACCAUGGAGGAGCAGCGUCCUACAGAGAAAGGAACAAUUCGGAGGGCGAGCGCCCAGACCUGGAAGCAGAUAUUACAAGAUUUGGGUCUCCGGAUUCUGGAUAUUGCGCAAGUCCUACUAAUUUCUCAAAGGACAUAGAAAAUAAUAAUUACGAGAAGCCACACUGCUCUCCCCUGACAGUGAGUACACAACUUUACUUUUCAAAUUUUGAGAAGCUGAGUGUCAACUCUCCAAUUAACGGGAAUUCCUCUCCAAAGCCACUGGAUCAGAGCAGCCCAAAUAAGAGAAGAAAUGAAAAUAAGAACAAGCCUAUCAAAAAACCAAAGGCUGCUCGGAAGAUAAAUUUUGACGAGGACACGACGUCUCCCGUCUCGGGCUGUAUCAUAAAACAUGUUUCACCGGAGGAGGAGGGUACAGUGAUAUACCACGGGGACAUUGACAGCACGUACAACUUCGUCGAAGCUACUCCCGAGGCUCGCGCAGAGCUUGAAAAAAUUGAUAACAAAAUCGGAGACUAUAUCUGUCAGUUGUGCAAAGAAUUUUACGAGGAUGCGUUUCAGCUGGCCCAGCAUCGGUGUUCCCGCAUUGUACACGUGGAGUACCGGUGCCCGGAAUGCGGGAAGGUAUUCAACUGCCCGGCAAAUCUUGCGUCUCACAGAAGAUGGCACAAACCGCGACCUCCUACAGUCAACAACAGACAGAGCGCACCGGCAAAAAUUCUACCUUCAAACCAGAAUGCUUUGCACACUGGCAACCUGAAUGAGGCAAAACAUGACAACGCCACGUUCUUGAUUCCGACGGACCUAAGUAUUUCCAGUCCGACGAACCUUAGCAUUUCCAACAGCGAAGGACAGUUUAAGUGUGAAAUAUGCGACAAGAAAUUCCGUCGACAAGCUUACUUAAGAAAACAUCAACAAACUCACUCCGAUUCCGCUAAAAUUGUACGCAACGACAACUCUACAAGACAUGAAAUCCUGCGCACCAACAACACGAAAGAGUUAUCAAGCAAAGAGCCCUUGUGUUGCGAGGUUGCGUCACCUCAAAAUGCAUUUGAGAGUUUGCAGACGAGAGUUCCAGAUAUGUACGUGUGUAAGUACUGCGAGAGUUCGUUCAGCAGUUCGCCAGGCCUUACAAGACAUAUUAACAAAUGUCAUCCAACCGAGAACCGACAGGUCAUUCUUCUUCAGAUGCCCUCAACCCUCCCGCGCCAUAUGUAAAUAGACGGUGCCUUAACACCGUUUGUGCCUGACUGCAAAUAAAAUGUAUAUUUUUUUGAUGAACUUUUAGAAGUGUAAGAGUUGUGCAAAUGUGCCUUCCUUCCAUAUAUGUAUAAACAUGUAUUUUCACAUAAACGCUUCACAAUAUUUUUUACUAGAUUAUUAUUUUAUAGAAAGAUAUGUUUAUUUGCAGGUAUUUAAAAUGUUUUGUUUUAAAUUCUGAAAUUAAGUCGUACUUUUCGUGGAUGAAAUCGAUAUUUUGUUGUUUUUAUGUAUUAUUUAAGUUUUAUAAUUGAUAUAUUUAUUUUAGAAUCUUUAUUUUUACAAUGGACUUGUGCAUUAAUAUACUUUGAGAGUGCAAUAUUAAGUGCAAUAUUUUAAUAACCAUUAUAUACAAGUGCAAUAUUUUGAAAUGUGCAAUAUAAUAAUAUAGAUAUAUUUUAUUAAUACUGACAUAUUUCUACAUGUUGUAAUAAAUUGUGAUAUAUUUUUAUCUGGCUAGGCCGGGCAAGUGCAAUUUAAUUUAUUUUAGAUAGUCUAGUAGUAUUAGAAUUUAGAUUUUAGAUUUAUUUUAUUUUAUUUACGUGAUUAUUUUUUGCUUUUGUUAUCCAGUAUGCUUAAUAUUUUACUUGAAAAGAAACAGGGUUUUACCAAAGAAAAGCGAUUAUUUAUGUUGUGAUCCUUUUAUUUCUUUAUUGGUUAUUUUUUUGUUCUAUUUUUUUAGUAUUAUAUUUUGUUAUAAUAUUUUACGCAAACAAGUCUUGUCAGUAGUUGCAUUAUUUUAAAAUUACAUUUUUGUUUCCGUUUUAAUUUAUAUACUUUUGUUGGUUCAUUUUGUUACCCAUGUUCUAGUAUUUUAUGUUAAAAUCCAGUUUAUUUGAGAGAGAGAGAGAGAGAGUGAGAGAGAGAGAGAGAGAGGAUUGUAUUUCAUUCACCUAUUGCAAACCUUUGUAAG